AUGGUGACUCUAAACAUCUCUUCUCCUCUCCCGACCAAAUCCUUUCUACCCUACCGCCAAUCUCCCCACCGUCCGAUCUCUUUCUCCCCCGUCUACGCCGUCCAUUCGACCGACCCCAAAAAAUCAGCCCAAUCAGCCUCCGCUCCGGCCAAAUGGAGCGUGGACAGUUGGAAAUCGAUGAAAGCUCUGCAGUUGCCGGAAUACCCAGAUCAGAAGGAUCUCGAAUCGGUUUUACAGACGCUUUCCUCUUUCCCUCCUAUAGUCUUCGCCGGAGAGGCAAGGAAGCUGGAGGAGAAGCUAGGACAAGCCGCCAUGGGUAAGGCCUUUAUGCUCCAAGGCGGUGAUUGCGCCGAGAGUUUCAAGGAAUUCAACGCUAAUAACAUUAGGGAUACCUUUAGGAUUCUUCUCCAGAUGGGUGUUGUUCUCAUGUUCGGUGGUCAGAUGCCUGUUAUAAAGGUUGGAAGAAUGGCGGGUCAGUUUGCGAAGCCGAGAUCGGACCCAUUUGAGGAGAAAGAUGGCGUGAAGCUGCCGAGUUACAGAGGAGAUAACAUAAACGGUGAUGCUUUUGAUGAGAAAUCGAGGAUUCCUGAUCCUCAUCGGAUGGUUAGAGCGUAUACGCAAUCUGUUGCUACGUUGAAUCUCUUGAGAGCCUUUGCAACUGGAGGUUAUGCUGCAAUGCAGAGAGUUAGUCAGUGGAAUCUUGAUUUCAGCCAGCAUAGUGAACAAGGGGACAGGUACCGUGAAUUGGCGAAUAGAGUUGAUGAGGCUUUAGGGUUCAUGAGUGCAGCUGGACUUACCAAUGCACACCCGAUCAUGACUACGACUGAGUUUUGGACAUCACACGAGUGCUUGCUACUGCCUUACGAGCAAGCACUCACAAGAGAGGAUUCAACUUCUGGACUUUACUAUGACUGCUCUGCUCACAUGGUUUGGGUUGGGGAGCGAACUCGCCAGCUCGAUGGCGCUCAUGUUGAGUUUUUGAGGGGAAUCGCUAACCCACUUGGUAUCAAGGUGAGUGAUAAAAUGGUCCCUAGUGAACUGGUUAAGCUGAUAGAGAUACUAAACCCUCAGAACAAGCCUGGAAGGAUUACGGUGAUAGUGAGAAUGGGAGCUGAGAAUAUGCGGGUCAAGCUUCCUCAUUUGAUCAGAGCAGUACGUGGAGCCGGUCAGAUUGUGACUUGGGUUAGUGAUCCAAUGCACGGAAACACUAUCAUGGCUCCAAGUGGGUUAAAGACUCGUUCUUUCGAUGCAAUAAGGGCGGAGUUGAGAGCGUUCUUCGACGUGCAUGAUCAAGAAGGGAGCUUUCCUGGUGGGGUGCAUCUAGAGAUGACGGGUCAAAACGUGACGGAAUGCGUUGGAGGGUCACGCACCAUCACUUACAACGAUCUAAGCUCACGCUACCACACUCACUGCGACCCGAGGCUCAAUGCUUCUCAGUCUCUGGAGCUUGCCUUCAUCAUUGCAGAGCGUCUGCGAAAGAGAAGGCUCGGUUCCGGGAGUCUUCUGUCAUCUCUUGGACUCUAG